UUUUUCCAUCCCCCAGUACGGCGUCGUUUCCUCAUUUUAGUCCAAACAGUUGCCAAAAAGUGAAGGAUUGAUUCCACAAAGGCGGAGCAUAAAGGGGUCCCGUCCUCCUUCCUCUCGGACGUGAACUCCACCGGGUCAAAAUCCAAUUGAAAUCCUCUCCCUCAGUUCCGAUUCCGACUCCCACCUCCGAAACGACGCCGCUUCGUUCCCUAAUCUAAUGCUCUGACCGAUGGCCAUAGCUGACCACAAGUCUUCGUCGUCUUCGUCUGACGGAAAAGUCUGGGGCUUCUUCAAACGGCCGUUUCGACCGUCCGGUAACGCCGCCGCCACUACGACGUCGUCUUCUUCUAUGUCGCACCACCAGCCGAACGGCGACGGAUCGAUUCCUCACGCCUCGAGUUCCGUGUCGUCGGUGGCCAGGUCGUUGCUUCCGACUCGUCGUAGACUGAAGCUCGAUCCCUGCAAUAAGCUAUAUUUUCCUUGUGAACCUGGGAAGCAGGUUAGGAGUGCCAUUAGAAUUAAAAACACAAGCAAGUCCCAUGUAGCAUUCAAGUUUCAAACGACUGCACCGAAAAGUUGUUUCAUGCGUCCUCCUGGUGCUAUUCUUAGUCCUGGUGAGAGUCUCAUAGCCACAGUGUUCAAGUUUGUGGAGGUUCCUGAGAACAAUGAAAAACUAGUGGAUCAAAAGAGCCGAGUUAAAUUUAAAAUAAUGAGCCUGAAGGUGAAGGGGCCAAUGGACUAUGUACCCGAGCUGUUUGAUGAGCAGAAGGAACAAGUAGCAAUAGAGCAGAUACUACGGGUUGUCUUUCUGGAUCCAGAGCGCUCUACCCCUGCUAUGGAAAAAUUGAAGCGCCAGUUGGCUGAUGCUGAUGCUGCGCUUGAAGCACGCAAGAAACCUCCAGAAGAUGCUGGUCCAAAGAUCAUAGGAGAAGGUCUUGUCAUAGAUGAAUGGAAGGAGCGGAGGGAAAGAUAUCUUGCUCGGCAGCAGGUUGAAGGGUUGGACUCUGCAUGAACUGGUUUUUCAUUUGUUCUGGUUGGUUGAAGUGAAAAUCAAAGUGUUUUUCAUUGUAUCAGUGUAUCAUUUGCAUUAGUACCCUCGUAUCUUUUCCCGUAAUGUGAAGGUGGUGGUUGUAUUAAAAAAUUGAUGACGACAAUCCAAUAUAUUUUAAUGUAAAAAUGAAAAAGAAAAAAAAGUUUGAAGUGUAGAGUCUCCUUUAAUUGGAGAGUACUCUGAACUUUGCUAGUCUCAGCUAUCUGUAGAUAAUGCGAUUUUGUUUGUCCAGAGGAAUAAAACUGGUCUUCGGGCAAGUGUU